AUGGGCGAAACCAUCUCAAGAAAGAAAUCUUUUGGCUUUCUGAAUCCUUUCAGAUCUAAAAAGUCAUGGAGUCCAGAUUCAAGAACCACAUCUGUCUCUGAAUACAGCAUCGACGAGCUCAAACUCGAGCAAGCCCCUUCUCGGCCGGGCAAUAAAUUAAGGAAAAAGUCUCUGACGAACCUCCGGGCGACACCAUCCAGCAAAAGUCUUAGAAAGAAAGCCCUGGUCCAAUCGAAGCAUCCUCCCCUCCCUGCAACCAGAGUCGAGGAUCCAUACGAUCGAGAUGCUCAGACCGGUGAGCGAAAGGACCACACGGAGAUGCUGCAUAGUCUGGCCGUCCGUGGAUCUUUAGAGUCGCUUGUCGAGAAGACCAAAAUACUCUUUGCCGGAAUCCCGCCCGAAACUGGGGAGCAGUUCUUGUCCAGGUUUCCGCCUGGCGCCUGGGAGCGUAUUGUCGACCAUCUGGACCUCGCAGAUGCAGCCAGCCUCGCUUUCUCGUGCAAGGCUUUCCGAGAUAUUGUUGGAACUGAAGCCUGGAGCAGCCUGAACGCCGAGGAGAACCACGACUACAAAACAGACUUUCUCGGUCGGCUCGACCCAGACCUACCCGACCACUUACUCUGCUUCCCUUGCGCCAUCUAUCAUCUGAGAACGCAGAUGGGGCACGAAAUCCUCCGCCCGACCAACAUCGCUAAUCCCAUUUUCAACUGUCCCAACGCCUUCAACCUCGAAAAGAAGGUCUCUCGAACCCGGCUGGUCGUGGGUCGGACAUUACCCUUUCCAUUUUUGCAGCUGAUUCUCCGGGGUCAAAAGUAUUCACUAGCUCACGGCAUCCCUAUCGAGUCGAUGAACCGUCGAUACAGAGACAGCAAUAGCGAAUGGUCCCACCAGUUCCGUUUUGCUGUUGUCCACGGGCAUCUGCUGGUACGAGUGAUCAGUUCGGCAUUUGCAGAGCCUGCACUGCCUCCUGCGGGCCUACGCAAGCUGCUGUAUUCUCCCAAUGAAAGAUUCACCCCGUACUUUUCCGUCUGCGCGCAUUGGCAGGAUGGCGAAUUGAUGCCGUCGGUGAAGUGUGCCCUUAGCCACAUUCCUAAGCCGUUGGAUCCAUUGGAUGCAAGCGGCGUCGCCGGUGUGGCGGCACAUGUCAAGUACAGGUUGCAUCGACCUAGUCCUCUUAUUACCCUGUGUUCUCAAUGUCGGCCGAUGCGGCGAUGUCCAAAAUGCCCUUCGGAGUACCUGAUUGAGUUGAGGAUGCAGGAAGACCGGCGCGACCCGUCCAAGUUGUUCAAACAUGCCAUCGUUUUGACCAGAUGGUUCGAUCUUGGAGACGGUUCAUCUCCUCGAAGCCGCGAAUGGGCGGCUUGCAACGGAGAUGCGGAAUAUGAUUCCUUUGCCGCCUUGGGACGACGUGCAAUCUCGGGUACAUUCGAAUCUCAGUUCACCGUCGACCAGAUACCGGGCCAAAAUAUCAUUUCCAUGAACCCUGAGGGGGAAGAUCGUGGAGAGGCCGGCCAUAACUGGUAUUGA